CGCCACAGUUGCAAGCAGCUAACGAGAACCCUAGUAAUCAACGUCUUCUUGCAAUCAUCACCUCCAAGCGUCUCCCGCCGACCUUCUCUGCCCGCAGUUGAACGGUACACAGAGCACCGAGCGUUCAAAUGCCGAGUCACCGCCGGCUGCAACCGAUUCCGUCGCUUCUGAUUCAGUAGUUCUUUAUUGGAAUUUGGAGGAGUCAGUGUCUUCUGGGAUCAACUCUGUUCUCCUGAUUAAGUGGGUCUGGUUCAUUGUUUGUUACCUUGAUUGAAGCAGCCUUUUAUGGAGUUGGCGUGGUGAUUCCGUUUCCAUCCGAAUCUCCGACGAAUUACGCAGUCAUGUCUGAUCUUUUGCUGUGGUGCUUUUAAGCUCUGAUGCUGAUCGGCGCUAUGACUCUCUGAAUCGUUGGGAGUCCUGGAGUUCCUCUGGGUUGACCAGCUCAGAAUAUGCUGGAAAAUCUUGUUUCAGCUGAACUGUGGUCCUUUAUGGUUUGUCAAAAUUAAAGAGAGUUGUGUUGUGUAAGAUAUGGGUUUCGCGAUUGCCCUACAGAGUUCCAUGGCCGAUGCGUCUCUUCCACAUCUUCAGCAUCGGCAUUGUAAACGAGCCAGUCGAAGUUCUGGACCUUGUGGUACCAGAUGCUUUUCAAGAGAGUCAGGAUAUGCUUUUCGGACAAGUACCUCAAUUAUGUGUGAUUUUAGUUGCCGACAGACAAAUGGUUAUCUCAGUCUUCGAAGAAAUAUGGACUCUUCGAAGUGUAGAGUUCUACAAAGAAGCUUUUUCACUUACGAGGAAGAUGACAUCAACCGAGAUGAGCGGAGUUUAGAGGGCAACGAAAUGAUUGCCCCGAGAAAAAGCAGUGUUCAGACAAAUUUGAGGAAAACUUCAAGUUCGUCGGGGCGGUCAUCAGAUGGAUCAUUUAUCGGAAACAAUGGAGAAAUCAACAAUGAAAUUCUUCAAAAUCUCUGCAGUAGGGGAAGACUGUUGACUGCAUCGAAGUUGAUAGAUGUCAUGGGGCGCCGGAAUCAAAUUCCCCAUUUCCCUUCUUGCGUGAGCUUGAUCAGAGGUCUCAUUAGAAUUAACAGAAUAGAGAAAGCUGGCAAAGUCCUUAGAGUCAUGGUCUUAUCUGGUGGGAUACCUGACGUGAUCACAUGCAACAUGAUGAUUGGUAGUCUUUGUAAGGAAGGGCUCUUCGAGUCUGCCGUUGACCUCUUAGAAGACAUGAGCUUAAGUGGCUGUCCUCCGGAUGUAAUAAGUUACAACACUAUCAUCCGCCGCAUGUUUGACAAUGGUUAUUUUGAUCAGGCUAUUGGUUUCUGGAAGGACCAAUUGAGGAAGGGAUGCCCACCUUACCUGGUUACCAAUAGCAUCCUUAUUGAGUUAGUAUGCAGGCACUGUGGAGUAGUGCGCGCCAUUGAAGUUUUGGACGAUUUGGCUAUAAAUGGUUGUCAUCCUGAUAUGGUUACCUAUAAUUCACUUGUAAAUAUUACUUGCAAGCAGGGGCAUUAUGAAGAUACGGCUCUAGUUAUGCAUAAUCUUUUAUCUCAUGACAUGGAACCUAGUACCGUUACUUAUAACACUCUCCUUCAUUCUCUUUGCACCCGUGGCUUGUGGAAUGAAGUAGAUGAGGUCCUUACAAUAAUGAGACAAAGUUCACGUCCUCCAACGGUCGUUACUUUCAAUAUUUUGAUCAAUGGUCUGUGUAAAUUUGGAUAUCUAGACCGUGCAAUCGACUUCUUUGAACAGAUGGUUCAGAAAAAGUGUUGCCCUGAUAUAAUAACGUAUAACACCCUCCUAGGUGCUCUUUCUAAAGAGGGUUUGGUGGACGAGGCCAUUCAAGUACUUCACUUUUUGACUGGUACUAGCUGUUCUCCAGGUUUGAUUAGUUAUAAUGUCGUCAUCGAUGGUUCCGCUAAAUUGGGUGAGAUGGGUAAAGCGAAGCUACUAUACGACGAGAUGAUUGAAGCUGGGAUUAAUCCUGAUGAUGUUACACAUCGAUCUUUGCUUUGGGGGUUCUGCCGAAAGGAUUUAUUCGAAGAAGGUAUGGAUAUGUUGGGCGAGAUGAAUAGGAAAAAUCACAGAGUUGGUAACAGUGCAUACAGAUUCCUGAUCCAUGGAUUAUGUAAAAAUGAGAAAGUCAGUUCUGCAAUACAAGUAUUGGAAAAGAUGAUAUCAAGUGAAUGCAAGCCAGAUGAGACCAUCUAUUCUGCCAUAAUAGACGGUGUAGCUGCUGCAGGGAUGAUAAAAGAGGCCCGAGAAUUGCAUCAACAACUGAUAGAAUGGGGCAUUCUUUCUCAAGAAGCAGUGGUUAACAAGGACUGCGUUAUAACUUGAGCCUUAAUCUCUGAGCUCUCAGAUAGCCAUUUUCUUAAUUGAAGCUGCUCAGCGUGUGCGGUCCACCUCAGCAAUUUCUCCAUCCUUAUUUCACUGUUUCUUCACAGUGGCUCGCCUAUCCUCCUCUCUCUGUGGACUCCAUAGAUUUUGGCAAAUGUUGACUCACAGAGUAUUUCUUCUGAUGUCUCUGUUGCUGGUUUUGCGAGACGCGAAGUUUUGAUGGUAACUGCUUAUUUAAGGAAGUUUUGGCCUACUUCCUCUUAUCGCACAUUUUCGUAAUUUUACUCCUAGGACAUCUGUCCCAGGGCUUUCAACUUGAUGGUCUGAGGACUUCAGUACAUGGUUGAGUCUUUGAACAAGUAAGGUGAUGGUUACCUUGAUUUUUUGUGGAAAUGAUACUUUGGUGGGUGUUCAAACUACUUUUGAUGAUAAAUUAUUGCUACUCAUGGCACAUGCA